AUGGGCAUAGAGAGCUACUUCCUAAAGUACGUUAAGGCGACGUACAUAGCGAGGAGGAGAAGCGAAAUGAGGAAAACCAUAGAAAAUUUGAAAAAUAAUAUUUACACAUACAACAAUUAUAGCUGUAAAAAUAUAAAGUAUCACAUGGGGGAAGAAGAUACGUGCGAUGGGAGUAGCCACUACAGCGUCCAAAUUGAUGAGCAGAUCCAGAAGGUGAUGCGUUUUGUUAAUCCUCUCCGGUUUGAUGAGGAGAAUAUCACGUCAAGCAGCCCUCCCGAUUGGAGUUACAAUCAGACGGAAUGUCCAAGUGGAGACAAUAAUGAAAGUUUCAACACCGACAGUGGGGGGAAACCUCACAGAGAAAGAAAAAACAAGACGUACAUUUUAAAUUAUAGAAUAAAUCACAUCGUAGGAAAAAGAGGAAAAAGGGAACAAUACAGAUACACCUACUUGAAAUCCCCAUUCAAAUACAAAUAUGCAUUAAGACAUUACGUUUUCGAAAAAUAUAAAUACCAUUUCUAUUUUUACAAUAUAACUCACUUUAAUAUACAUAUAAUUUUUAACAUAAUUUUAUCCUCCAUGACAAGCCAGACUUCUGUCAAGUGCAACAUCCACUGGUUCUACCCUGGGAGGAAUUUAUUCGAUUCUGAAUUUUUGCGGAAGUGUUUUCUUCCCCUGAUUGAGGGGAGGCACGAUGGGCAUGCGGACCAGUCAGUAAUAAAUUCGUGUGUGAGGAAACACAUCGAAGAGGCAUACAAUAAUGCGGUCCAUAAUGAAGAGGGGGGGAACAAAUUACUUCCUCCACGGAACUUCGACAUCAACUUAGACUUGACAAAAUAUAAUAUACAAAAUUUGCUCCCCCUAUUUUUUGAAAAUAAAUCAUUCAGUCAGAAUUAUAAAAAUUUGCUUCUUCUGGAGGAGAAAUGUUUCAAACAAGUCAAGAGCAAAAUUAGGAAAAAAAAUUUCCACUGGUUUUUGAAUAAAAAUCCAAAUGGAUAG